AUGUCGUACGGUGGACCCUCGCAGAAUCAAUACGGCGGCAGUGCCAGUUAUUAUGAACAGCAAGGCCAAGGACACUACCCCCCUCAGCAGGGACAUUCCCCUCAACCACAGCAAGGAUAUUACCCACCAGAGGGUCAGCAGGCUUACGGUCCGCCCCAACACGGCCAACAUCCAGGACCAUAUGAUCAACAAGGCGGUCAGGGAUACCAGACAUACCCCCCGCAGCACCAGCAGGGCCAAUACCCUCCCCAAGGCAGUCCUGGAUACGGCCAGCCUCCCCAGCAACAGCAGUACCCGCAAAGCGGCGGCGGCGAGAGCUCCGCGUACUAUGGCGGCGCACCCCAGCACCAGCAAGGACAGCCCGGUGCUGUAGGACCAGAGGGCGACAGGGGCCUUGGGUCGACGCUGCUUGGUGGCGCGGCUGGUGGGUUCGUGGGAAAUAAGCUUAGCCACGGUAUACUUGGUACCGCAGGCGGUGCUGUUCUGGGUGCUGUUGGUAUGAAUAUGGCGACUAAGCUUGGGAAGGAACACAAGAAGCACAAGAAGGAGAAGAAGCAUAAGAAGGAUAAGAAGCACAAGCGGAAGGGCUCCAGCUCCAGCUCUAGCUCUUCCUCUGAUAGCGACUAA